AUGCCUGCUUACGUGAAUGAUGAUUCUUCUCCUCUACAUCCUUACAAUACAAGUGCCAAUUUGGAUAAAUCUUUACAAUACUCUGAAGAACUCAAUCUAAGUAUUUUUUCCACAAACGACUCAAAUGACUCUAACUAUGGCAUGCAAUCAAAUGGACCCGGAAAAGUAUUUUGGGCCUUACUUCUCAUUCCACUACCGCUGGUGGCUGUGAUUGGAAAUAUCCUGGUGAUUUUAAGUGUGUACAAGGAAAGAAGCUUGCAGACUGUUACGAACUAUUUCAUAGUAAGCCUUGCGUUUGCUGAUUUAUUGGUUGCUGCAGUUGUGAUGCCGUUUGCUGUAUAUGUCCUGGUAAACGUGGACUGGGAACUAAGCGACACGUUGUGCGACUUCUAUAUCGCUGUGGACGUUACGUGUAGCACAGCUUCCAUCUUCAAUCUGGUGGCAAUCAGCAUUGAUAGGUACAUUGCAGUGACGAAACCAAUAAAAUACUCCAAGCACAAGAAUGGAAAGCGAGUAUCCCUAAUGAUUGCGAUCGUGUGGUUGGUUUCAGCCGCCAUCGGUUCUCCGAUUGUUUUGGGUCUUAACACAUCUGUAGAAAGAAUUCCGGAACUUUGUGUUUUUUACAACUCAGAUUUCAUCAUUUGUUCAUCUCUCGUGUCAUUUUACAUACCUUGCAUUGCAAUGAUAUUUCUAUAUUACAAAAUUUUUAAGGCAAUUCACGCAAGAGCUAAGAAGAACAGAAUGCGUUCUGGCAAUUCAGAAUCUGGACUCGGUCGCAGCACUGGCAGUACGAGUUUAACCGCAGAACCCUACGCAAAAUCCAAGAAGAACCAAGCUGGAAAAAAUGAUUCCGGAAGUACGAGUGGUCUCCAAAUCGUUAUUGAACGGGACUACAUCACUACGAACACUGGCAGUGGUAGCCAAGACGACGAUUACGAUGACGAUACUGGUGGGGACGAUUCGAUUUCAAAACCAACUCUUAAAGGCGGAGCAGCUGCUUCAGCAAUGCUGCUAAGUGCUUUUGUUGCAGAGACAAUACGAAUCGAAAUUCCUAUCAAUGGAAAUACAGAUUCGGGUUACGGUACUUCCCAUGUGGAACAGGAAACACAGUUUGCUACGUCUCCUGAUAUUUCAUCCAAGCCGAUUGAAAUUGUACUUGAAGAUCAAGCUAACAAAAUCACACUUCAGACAAGAACGAAUGGUGUUUCCAGACGGAAAAAAGACACAGACGCAGAUAGCAUUCGAUCGAAAAAGAAAUCAAGGUUCAAUCUUGGGCGUCGUCAUAAGAGCAGCAGAAAGAAGAGAGAAAAAGCUUCGGCGAAAAAGGAAAGAAAAGCCACAAAAACUUUAGCGAUAGUUUUAGGUAUGUUUCUCGUGUGCUGGUUGCCAUUUUUCACUUGCAAUAUACUGGAUGCAAUUUGUAUCAAAAUUGAAAACGACACCUAUCGUCCAGGAGUGACGGUGUUUCUUUUAACCACAUGGUUAGGUUACAUAAACAGUUGUGUAAAUCCCGUCAUAUAUACUAUCUUCAACAUGGAAUUCCGAAAAGCUUUUAAGAAGCUUAUGAUGGACUCCUGGCACUGUUGACGUUAAGAACAAAGUUGUCUGUUGUUGAUGUGUUUAACUUUAACUUAAUUUACACUUUUACAUAUUUUUCAUCAAGACAUAUUUUUAAAGGAUAUAUUAUUUUCAAAAAGUAAUUCCUAUUAACUUACAGCAUUCACAUCCAGGUUUAUU